AUGUCCAAGGCCACAACCAUUAAGGAGGCGCUCAAACGCUGGGAGGAGCGCGAACAACAAAACUCAUUGAAUGCCAAGUACAUUGAUUUGCAAUUCCAAUGGCCGCCCAUAGAAAAAAUGGACAGUACGCUGGGCACCCUCGUCAACUGCGAGCACAUUAGCAUGUCUACCAAUAUGAUUGAGAAAAUAUUUGGCUUGAAUGGCAUGAAAUGUCUGCGUGUGCUUUCUCUAUCCCGCAAUUACAUUAAACAAAUAUCGGGUUUGGAAGCUGUCGCUGAAACUUUGGAGGAACUCUGGCUCAGCUAUAACCUAAUAGAAAAGUUGAAGGGCUUGAAUGCUCUUAAAUGCCUGAAAGUGUUAUACAUAAGCAAUAAUUUGAUCAAAGAUUGGUCAGAAUUCAAUCGUUUGGCCGAAAUCGAGUCAUUGCAGGAGUUGGUCGUUGUGGGUAAUCCACUGUCCGAGGGCCUAGACGAGCCCACGUGGCGGGCAGAGUGCAUUAAACGUUUGCCAACCAUACGUAAGCUGGAUGGCGAGCCAGUGGUGCUUAAUGAGGAGCCUCAGCUAUAA